UCAUACAUCGCUGGUGGUAAAGUCUCAAUUUCCCACAGUCGACCCUACAUGGUCUACAUUCGUGACAAGGUAUCAAAACAAGCAUGUUGUGGUUUUUUGGUAAGAGAGGAUUUUGUGAUGACAGCCGCCCACUGUAAACAAAGGUAGGUGAAAUUGCCAUAUUUUAUAAUUUUUAUCAGAAAGAGUGUACAAACUGACAAAGAAGCUUCACAGUAAUAAACAGGAAAAUAAAAUCAGUUAUGCAAACUCAAUUAUGGAGACGAUGCAAAUUUUGCAGUGUAAAUUUAAUCGAUUUUGAAACAAGUUAAAUUCAGCUAUAAGCAGUUCUACAGAGGGCUGCAAAGUUGUUAUUAAUCUAAAGUCACUCAUGCUGAUUCAACUUAGUUGCAGUUUAAUAACAGGGUUGAUGUUGUAAAUGAUUCAGCCAUAACGCAGCUCUACAGAAAACAAUAGUCAUCAUUCAGCUUAAUUCAGUUUAAGUUUUGUUGUCAUCCAUUGGUGUCAGUGUGCAGUCAUAUCAAUAUUCCUGAACAUUGAGUGUCUUUUACAUUGGUGACUUCUGACAUCCGAAGUGGCAGUCAUAUCGCUGUUUUAUAAAUAUUUAUUAAUAACUUUGUAAAUAUUGUAAACCUGGCCUGUAUGAUAUAUUUGUUCUUGUAAUUUUUAGUCAUCUUAUGGCAUAUUUGGGGGUCGAUGACACCAACUUUUUACCUGCCGGUGUAGAGGUAGAUCCAUAUCCACAUCCAAGAUUCAAUAUGAGGAGAGCAGAGCAUGACAUCAUGCUCCUAAAGGUAAUACAUAAUGCUGAACAGUUUCAUUACCAACUAGAACAAUGGCCUUUCAUGGUAGGAAAUGGUUGACAUUUACAGAAUAGACUUUUGCUCAACUUUAAAAUUUAAGAACAAUUCAGAAAAAACUGCAAGAAAUAUAGGUGCUAUUAAUUCAAGAGAACUCUGCAUCUUCUCUUUCAGCUCAAAACCCCAGCAACUUUGAGCAACACUGUGAAGACUAUAACUUUUCCAAAAACUGAGAAUGAAGCAAUCUCAAAGGACUGCAUGGUCAUGGGUUGGGGCUGGAAGGAAUACCAUCACGAGACUCCUUCAAAUGUGCUCAAAGAAGCAAUCGUGACUCUGAUAGACUCUGAAAACUGUGGCGUGGCUGAUACUCUGUGCUCUGAGGGAUCAACUGGACCAACACAGGGAGACUCUGGGGGUCCACUUGUUUGUGGAGGUGUUGCACAGGGAAUUAUUUCAUUUUCCAAAAACAAGAGAAAUGCAGAUUACCUCACAGGAUACACUCAUAUUUCCCACUACCUUUCAUGGAUUCAUCACAUCAUGUCACCUGACAUGCCAAAAAUAUUAGAUCAAGUCUCCACACCAGGAACAUUAGAUCCAACCCCUGGACGUUGGAUCCCUAAACCUGAUAAACAACAAGUCUUGUCUGUCUCCACAUACUCCAGUAAAGCUCCACACAGUCGACCCUACAUGGUCUACAUUCGUGGCAAAGUAUCAAAAGCAGCAUGUAGUGGUUUUUUGGUAAGAGAAGAUUAUGUGAUGACAGCCGCCCACUGUAAACAAAGUCAUCUUAUGGUAUAUUUGGGGGUCGAUGACACCAACCUUUUACCUGAUGGUGUAGAGGUACAUCCAUAUCCACAUCCAAAAUUCACUACGAAGCGAAAUGGGCAUGACAUCAUGCUCCUAAAGCUCAAAGCCCCAGCAACUUUUAACAAAAGUGUGAAGACUAUAACUUUUCCAAAAACUGAGAAUGAAGCAAUCUCAAAGGACUGCAUGGUCAUGGGUUGGGGCUGGAAGGAAUACCAUCACGAGUCUCCUUCAAAUGUGCUCAAAGAAGCAAACGUGACUCUGAUAGACUCUGAAAACUGUGGCGUGGCUGAUACUCUGUGCACUGAGGGAUCAACUGGACCAACACAGGGACAUUCUGGGGGUCCACUUGUUUGUGGAGGUGUUGCACAGGGAAUUGUGUCAUUUUCCAAAAACAAGGGAAAUGCAGAUUACUCACAGGAUACACUCAUAUUUCCCACUACCUUUCAUGGAUUCAUCACAUCAUGUCACCUGACAUGCCAAAAAUAUUAGAUCAAGUCUCCACACCAGGAACAUUAGAUCCAACCCCUGCCGACCCCAAAUACCAAAACCUAUCAACAGUGUUUUGUCUGGUACCCAAAACCCAAUAAAGUCUUGUCUAGUACCUAAAAUUGUUUUACUGCAUUUGGCCUAGUACCUAAAUCCAUAUUAAGUCUCCAUUCAACCAAAAGCUCGACUGAGGAUGCCAGGGAAGAGCAGAAAGGAGAUGACAAUUUUAUUGAAUACUCGUUUUUGCUAAGGCUUCAAUGCUCAGACUUUUUAUAUAGCAAGAUAUUGCAAUGGAAAAUUACUGCUUCACAACAUUAUCGCAUUAAAUUAAGAACCUUGAAAUUAAGACACGCUUCUGUUUCUUGUGAAGACAUAUCCCCUAAACCCAUACAACCAUAAGAUUAAACUGCAACAGAAAAAAACGAAUGAUCAAUGAACAGAUCAGUAAUAUGAGUGCAUAAAUGGUUUAAAGUCAUGAUUAAACCAUAAACUGAAUUAAACAAAGUAAUAAAUUGAUAAAAGAAAAACAUGGUUGCUCUUAAGAAUAAUAA